AUGGCGUCGAGUCUAAAUCUUUCGGCCUCGUCACCUCAUGCCGAUGAUGUACCAUCUGUCUAUUUUUCUGGUAUAUGCCAAACUAUUUCUGUUAAAUGUCAACACCGAAAUGAACAAGGUGGCCUUUCGUGUUCAAAUAAUCUCUAUACGUCUUGUCCCCAUUGUCAUUUGUUACUUUGUAUAAAUCACAUUCAUGAACAUGAAAAUCUUCUCCGUUAUGAAAUUGAACAAUUAAUUAAUGAAACUAAUAUUGUCAAAGCAAACAUUCGAGCAUUAACUACACCACAAUCCCCGUUUGAUGAACAAAAACAACGAACACUAUGUGAAUUAUUAGAACGUUGGUCAACAGUAGGGAAAAUAUCGAUGAGUCAAGCAGCUUUAAUUCAACAUCAGUGUGUUUAUGGAACGACGAGUAGUACAAAUAAUAACAACAAUAAUAUCAACACUACGAAUAAAGCCUACAAACAGGCACAACAAUCUCAACAUGUUAUUCAGCAGCAGAAUGCACACCUCCACCAACAUCAACAAUCACUAACACAAAGUACGAAAAAACGUCGUAGUGGAAAAAAUAAAAUUGUCACACUUUUAAUGAAGAAUGAAAAUGGUGAAUAUGAAUGUCCAAAUGUCCAAUGUCGAAAAUCACUCAAAUGUCAAGGCAUCACCGCUCAUGUAAAAGCAUGUGCUGUUGAAUGGCUUAAAGAAAAUGGACAAUAUCUAGCGAUGAACUAA